AUGGUCGUUGGAGGGGGUAAAGGCGCUGGCUCGUUUAGACAGAAACUGCCGACUGCUGGGGGUAAAGGGCAGGGGAUGAGGCAAACGGGUUGGAGUAAGGGAGUUGAUGGUGCUCCUAAUAAGAAGAGAAGGCUUGGAGAUCAAGAUGUGACGUUGGAGGAAAAGUUUGGUAUUGAAAUAUUACAAGAAAAUGAAGAACGAAUUGGUUAUUUGUUUAAUAUGAAGGAAAGCGUCGCUCCGCCCAAGGUUGUGAAUGUUGAUAAUGAUGCUGAUCAAACGGAGCUGGUUGACGUCAGCGCCUUGUUACUCUAUUUCAUCCAGAAGGACGGCACUACCUUUAGGGCUACGUACCGCUACAGGCCAUAUUUUCUGGUGGAUAUCAACCCGCAGAUUUCCAAUUAUGAGUAUAUGAUGGAGGUGUUGGGAAGAAGGUUCGAGCACCAAAAAGUUAACGUUGGUACGGUAAUCCGUCACAACCUGGGGGCAGUGGACCAUCUGGCGCCCAAUAAGAUGUACAAAUUAAUCAAAUGUGAAUUCCCCAAUACUGAGCUUAUGAAUGAUGCGAGGAGAACGUUGGAGCGCAUACUGAAAGCUAACAGGCUGAGGGUCAGCCAUCUUGACCAUCUGGAUGAUAAUGACCCUUUCAAGGAAGGGGAUGGCAUAGGGAGUGGCGCUGAUCCGAUGGAUAGUAUCAUUGGGUUGUUCGAAUAUGAUCUGAUCCAUACUGUGCGUACGAGCAUUGAUAGCAACAUUCGGUGUGGGAAGUGGUAUAAGGUGGUGAAUAGCAUGCAGGGUAUGGUAGCCCUUACGGUGCAAGAGGACCUCCUUAUGAAGCCACCACUGAGAAUAUUGGCAUGGGAUAUUGAGACCUCAAAGGCACCGUUGAAGUUCCCUGAUGCACAGCAAGAUGAGAUCAUGAUGAUCUCUGUGAUGGUGGACGGGGAUGGAUACCUUAUAGUGAAUCGUGAGGAGGUCCAUGGCUAUAUCGAGGACUUUGAAUACUCGCCAAGACCAGAGUUCGAAGGCUUCUUUGAGUGUAUCAACUGUGAUAAUGAGAAAGAGCUCUUGGUGGCCUUCUUCGACCUUCUACUGCGGACCAGACCUCAUAUCACGGUCACGUUCAAUGGAGACUUUUUCGAUCUACCCUAUGUUCACGAUCGAGCUCAGAUUCACUCUCUGAAUCUCCAUCAUCAGGUGGGGCUUAUAUAUAUUCCUACUCCAACACAGAUUGAGAUUGCCUGUAGGUUUAUGGUGCACAUGGACUGUUACUGUUGGGUGAAGAGGGACUCGUAUCUGCCCCAAGGCUCUCAAGGUCUGAAGGCAGUUACUAGAGCCAAGCUGAAGUACGAUCCUGUGGAGUUGGAUCCGGAGCUCAUGGUCCCGUAUGCGAGAGAGCAACCACAGGAGUUGGCUAGCUACUCGGUGUCGGAUGCCUUGGCUACCUACCAUCUGUAUUGCAAGUACAUCCACGACUUCGUCUUUGCCCUGGCCUCGAUCAUCCCGAUGAAUCCCGACGAUGUACUCCGGCGUGGAUCUGGGACACUGUGUGAGGCGUUGCUCAUGGCACAAGCCACAGAAGCUGGCGUGCUCUAUCCCAACAAGCAUCAGCAACCAGGCCUGGCGUAUCACGACGGUAGACUCAUCGAGAACUCAACGUACGAGGGUGGGAGAGUGGAGUGCCUUAGGACUGGCAUAUUCCGCAGUGACAUUGAGGAGAAGUUCCGUCUGGACACCAAUGCUAUUGACGAGCUGAUAGAGUCGGCCGAUAAGACUUGUCGCUUCUUUGUGGAAACUGAAGAGAAAACAACGGUUGAUGAGAUAGAUAAUUUCGAGGAGGUUGUCACAGAGCUCACUGAGGCACUCAAGGAACUACGCCGUAAUCCUAAUAGAUCUGAAGAGCCUCUUAUCUAUCACUUGGAUGUGGCGGCAAUGUACCCUAAUAUUAUCCUGAGUAACCGCUUGCAGCCCUCGGCCAUAGUCACCCCUGAUUACUGUAAUCAGUGUAGUUAUUCGGACCCGCAGUUGAAGAGUGACUGUAAGAGGCAUUUGGAGUGGAAGUGGCGAGGCGAUCUGUAUAUGGCAACGAGAGCAGACGUGCAGCAUCAACAGAGUGAGCUCUCGGGUCCGAGGCAUAAGAAGGUCGGGUGGGAUGAGCUCACGGAGCGGGAGCGAAUGGAGAUCCUUAUUAAGAACGUUCGCAACUUUUCGUUGAAGGCAUAUAAGCGUGUGAAGAGCUCGGUGUUCGAAGUCAAGACCGAUACUGUGUGCCAAAGAGAGAAUCCUUUUUACAUCGAUACGGUCAGAGCCUUCCGAGACCGCAGGUAUACAUACAAGGGGUUGGUGAAGACCUGGGGGAAGAAGCUCGGGGAGGCUGAGGCGAGCAAAGACGCGUUAAAGAUGUCCGAGGCGAAGGACAUGAUUUUGUUAUUCGACUCGCUGCAAUUGGCACAUAAGUGUAUCCUCAAUAGCUUCUACGGUUACGUGAUGAGGAAGGGCGCAAGAUGGCACUCCAUGACUAUGGCGGGUAUAGUCACUUACACGGGCUCGGGGUUGAUAAGGGAGGCUAGGGCCUUCGUGGACCGCCUUGGGCUGCCGCUGGAAUUGGAUACUGAUGGUAUAUGGUGCAUGCUGCCUAAGAGCUUCCCUGAGAACUUCCAAUUCAAGCUGAAGUCGGGGAGGGUGUUGACGAUGCCGUACCCGUGCUCAGUCCUCAACGUCAGAGUGCACGAGAAGUACACAAAUCAUCAGUAUCAGGAUCUGCAGCCUGAUGGCACAUAUGCUAAAUCGUCGCAGAAUUCCAUUUUCUUCGAGAUUGAUGGACCCUACAAGUGCAUGUUGCUGCCUGCCUCGACUGAAGAGGAUCGCCUGUUGAAGAAGCGAUACGCUGUGUUUAAUGAGGAUGGAAGUUUGGCAGAGUUGAAGGGUUUUGAGAUCAAACGUCGGGGAGAGUUGAAGUUGAUACAGGUGUUCCAAGAAGAGUUAUUCCCGAAGUGUUUGGAGGGUGGAAGCAUCGAAGAGGCAUACGCUGCGGUGGGGCAGGUGGCAAACAGGUGGUUGGAGGUUUUGGACACCAAAGGAUCGUCAUUAACGGAUGAAGAAGUAAUACAUCUCAUCUCGGAGAAGAAGACGAUGUCAAAAAGCGUCGAGGAUUCGGGAGCUCUGAAGAGCACUAGCAUAACUACUGCUACUCGCAUGGCCGAGUUCCUUGGUCCGUCGAUCCUCCGCGAGAAGGGAAUAUCCUGCCAUCUGAUCAUCGCUCGGAAGCCCUUAGGUGCUACACCAACUGAGAGGGCUAUACCGGUAAAUAUCUUUAGUGCUGAGGAGCAUGUCAAGACCAAGUACCUCCGGAAGUGGAUGGGUGAUCCAUCGAUACGCAACUUCGACAUACGGGAUAUUAUAGACUGGCAAUAUUAUCGGACGAGGCUUGGAGCGGCUAUACAGAAAAUCAUUGGCAUACCAGCUAUGAACCAACACGUGAAGAACCCUUGUCCUUCUGUGGAACUACCGCAGUGGGCGAAGAAGCGGGUGAGGGAGAGGGAGGAUACUUUUAAACAGAAGAAGUUGACUGACAUGUUUGCGAGAAUGUCAUCUAAGCCCUCGACUACCAACAAGAAGAAAGUUACAGUUGUUCCAGCCUCGUCCGAUGGAGCCCCAGCAGAAUCAUCGUCGUCAUCUAUGGUAGUUGAUGUUGAAGAUGUGUCAGUGGAGGGCAUUGCUAUCCUCAAGCCAGCCCAAAAGCAGCCGGUGAACUGGAAGAAGAAGCAAGCCCAGAAUCUUAGAGAACAUCAUCAGGGCACGAAGCAGCACAAAGAGGCUCUUCGGGAGAGAAUAGAGAGGGCACAGCAGAGGUACAUGGGAGGGGUUCGCCUCGCCGAACUACCGACGCCUCAGGGUAGAGUUAGCCCUUAUNNNNACAUCGCGGACUUUAAAGUGGGAGGCAGUUUCUGA